AAAUGUCUUCCGACAAUGUCAUCACUGACUGCAUUCAGCAAUAUAGGCUUCUCUUUGAUCUGAAAACCAACCAUUCAUUCGAGAUCCCGCGAAUCGUGUAAAUACGCGAUCCUUUCUCUCCUUGUUCGACCUGCGGUCCCUCUUUCCAGUAGUCCUUCCUUCAUACUAUCCCACUCAUCCGCUCUUUAAUUUCGAUCCAACAUCAUGAAGAACUUAUUAUUCUCUCCUAGCAUUUGGCGAAUAAAGUUUCCGAAAUCAUCUGGUGUAGAUGAGCUAGCGGCAUCUGAAAGAUCGGAAACUCCCACUAGUACGUUUAUCGGCCGACUGAAACCUGGUCACAAGGAAACAGGAGCAAGAGCCACUUCGAGCAUGAAACAAACUCCUUGUCGUCCACCUCGACCUCCAAGUCCGAAUUUGUUUGGUACUCCUAGGCCUGUGGAAGAUACCUCCGAAGUCCCGACUUUGAGGAGAGAACUUUCCCAGAGAAAACACAUCCAUGUCCAACGUCCUAACCGUACGGCUGAUUCACUCAAAGCCAAGCGAAGUUUACCCGAGCUGGAUGGUGUUUGGAGGGGAUUCUUGAACGAAGUGAACGAGGACCACGACUCCUUGUACCAGCAUCCCAUACCCGAUUUGCCUACUCUGCAGAGGCAAUCGCCCACUGUACGUCCAGAAUUGAAGGACGAAGAGGUUAGUGGUUCUCGCUCACACUUCCCGCGGCGGCGGCCCUUCGGAGGAUCUCAGCCCCGUGUCACCUUGCAUACUUCGAGGUCCACUACCUGUGUUGCUAUACCGGAAGAGCCGUCUUUGAGCCCACGCUCAUCGGUGUCAUCUGCCGAUUAUGAGACUGACAUGGACUCUCUGGCACUAUUUCCUGCACCUCCCCCGUUGAGAAUAAGGAAAAAAGUUCCCAAACCGCUCAUCCUAGUACCCACCGCAACCAUUGUUCCCUUACCACCGUCACCUUGUACCGGCUCUCUAAAUCCCACACCAGUAGCAAGUCCGACCUCGCCGAAACUUCCACAGAGUCCUCGGAGAGCGACAUCCCCGCCGUCAAUUCUGAAAAAAUCGCAAUCUGCUGCGUCACUGUAUAGCAUGCCUACAUCGCCAAGUUAUAAUACAUAUCCAUCCACCUUGACGCUAGCUCAUCCGCCGCGUAUAGCGCAUUCUAUAUCGAGUCCAUCCCGCCCCAGUCCUUCAAUAUCGCCCACGAGUCAUAAAUCAUCUUCCAGUGACACUAUGGCUUUAUCCAACUCCGGAUCUUCUCGCAGGUAUACCAAUCGCACUAAUACCUUCACCUCAAGCUCGUGGAAUGAUAAACCCCUUCCGCCUUUGAUGCUCAAUAGACGACAGCGGAAUAUCAAGCACCCAUCACCCGUCGAAUGGGGUAUUGCUGUUUGAAGACCCUUCUUCAUUGUUUCUGGACAUAAUUUAUCUACUUGUCUUCUCUCUGAUUAGAACUACAUACUAUUGUAGUUCGGUCUUUUUCA